GGCAGCUCCGUCUGGACAUGGCGUCUCCAGGACCCGGCUCUGAGACUGCGAGGGACGGCUGCUCAAAGGAGGAUGCCUGCGCUGGUGGUGCAUGUGGGCCGGUGCAGUGGGAGUUGCAGGAGAUGCAGGAGACCAUCCUGGAGUUGCAGGACGAGGUGCAGCAAUGCAGAGCCGUGCAGCUGCACAGCGACAGAACCAUCCAGCAGCUGGAGAACAAGGUGGUUUGUCUAGAGGGGCAGAAGCUGGAGUUGGAGAAACAGCUGAAGACGUUCAACAGGAAAAUGAGGGAAGCAGCGGAUGAGUGGCAGCGUUUCCAGGCGGACCUGCAGACGGCCGUGGUGGUGGCGGAGGGCAUGAAGGCGGAGAGCCAGCAGCGGGUGGUGCAGCUGGGGAGGGAGCUGGAGGAGGAGAGGACCACUUCCCAACAGCUGCAGAGGGAGCUGGACGCCCUGCACUCUCUCAGGUAACACGUUUUCCCAAAGAGGCUUUAAUGGAUUGCUGAGCCUGGUGCCUUUUGUACACAAGACAAUCUCAUUUCAAUGAAAAUUAAAAUAUUUUUCUGGAUUAGUUAUUUGUGUAAUAUGCAUGUCUAUGAUUUUUAUUUUGAAUUUUCCUUUCAUCUACUAACGUACCAACAGUUGGAGGUCCGUUACAAUUGCAAUGUUAUUCAAUAGUGUGGCACAUAUGUACGAGGAUGUUGCCAGGACCACAGGGUGUGAGCUACAGGGAGAGGUUGAGCAGGUUGGGACUCUUCACCUGGAGUGCAGGAGGAUGAGGGGUGAUCUUAUAGAGGUGUUUAGUUUACAGAUACAGAGCGGAAACAGACUAUUUGGCCGAUCGAGUCCGCGCUGACCAGCGAUCCCCCACACACUAACACUAUCCUUCUUCUUGUGUAUGGCGUGCACAGCCUAAAGUUGUAGGACAACAUGUUCUAUUUGAUCUUACUUGAUUGUGCACGCCGAGUUGAUUGCAUUCGUCGAAACAGGGCGGACCACAUGAAGGUUGCAAUCUCCCACCCCUAACACUAUCCUACACACCACGGACAAUUUACAAUGACACCAAGCCAAUUAACCUACAAACCUGUACGUCUUUGGAAUGUGGGAGGAAACCCAAGGGGAGAAGGUACAAACUCCGUACGGACAGCACCCGUGGUCAGGAUCAUACCUGGGUCUCUGGUCCUGUAAGGCAGCAACUCUACUGUUAUGCCACACAAAUAUCAUGAGAGGAAUAGACCAGGUAGACCCACAGUCUUUUGCUCAGUCUAGGGGAAUCGAGAACCAGAGGACAUGGGUUUAAGGUGAGGGAGGAAAGAAUGAAUAGGAACCUGAGGGGUAACAUUUUUACACAAAGGGUGAUGGGUGUAUGGAACGAGCUGCCGGAGGAGUUAGUUGAGGCUGGGACUAUCGCAACGUCUAAGAAACAUUUGAUAGGUAUAUGGGUAGGACAGAUUUAGAGGGAUAUGGGCCUAACUCUGGCAGGUGGGACUUGUGUAGAUGGGACAUGUUGGCCGUUGCAGGCAAGUUGGGCCGAAGGGCCUGUGUCCACGCUGUAUCAUUCUGACUCCAUGACAUACCUGGGCACCACUUCUGUAAUUGUCAAUUGUAACUCAAUGGCCUUCACUGUCCACUCCUGAAAACAAACCAUCCCAAUGAAGCUGUAUCACCUGCUUUAGUGUGACUUACAGGAAGCCAGCACUGAAAGUCACUUUGUAUAUAUUCCAUCUAAUGUCAAUAAUUUAUCCUACAGAGUGACCCCUGACACCUUGACAGAAAUAUAUAAAAUGAUGAGAGUAUUAGAUAGGGUAGACAGUCAGAACAUUUUUCCCAGGGUGGAAAUGUCCAACACUAGAGGGCGCAGCUAUAAGGUGAGAAGGAAAAGUUUAAUGGAGAUGUACGGGGCACGUUGUUUACAGGGUGGUGGUGGCCUGGAACACAUUGCCAGGGUGGUGGUGGUGGAGGCGGAUAUGAAAGUGGCGUUUAAAAGUCUUUUAGAUAGGCACAUGGAACUGUGCUACCAAUAUGGAUCAUAGAAACAUAGAAAAUAGGUGCAGGAGGAGGCCAUUCAGCCCUUCGAGCCAGCACCGCCAUUCAUUGUGAUCAUGGCUGAUCAUCCCCUAUCAAUAACCCGUGCCUGCCUUCUCCCCAUAUCCCUUGACUCCACUAGCCCCUAGAGCUCUAUCUAACUCUCUCUUAAAUCCAUCCAGUGACUUGGCCUCCACUGCCCUCUGUGGCAGGGAAUUCCAUAAAUUCACAACUCUCUGGGUGAAAAAGUUUUUUCUCACCUCAGUCUUAAAUGACCUCCCCUUUAUUCUAAGACUGUGGUCCCUGGUUCUGGACUCGCCCAACAUUGGGAACAUUUUUCCUGCAUCUAGCUUGUCCAGUCCUUUUAUAAUUUUAUAUGUUUCUAUAAGAAUCCUCUCAUCCUUCUAAACUCCAGUGAAUACAAGCCUAGUCUUUUCAAUCUUUCCCCAUAUGACAGUCCCGCAAUCCCAGGGAUCAAUCUCGUGAACCUACGCUGCACUGCCUCAAUCACAAGGAUGUCCUUCCUCAAAUUAGGAGACCAAAACUGUACACAAUACUCCAG